AGCCUCGACCCCGCAGUCACCGCACGGGCAUCCCGUCCCGCUUCUAGGCCGCCUAUGCAAUUUGCCUUGCCGCUGCCUUCUUCUCGCAUCCCCCACAACACCCACUUACACCUUACAGCUGCACACCAAGUUAAGCCACAAUAUCGAACAUGCGCGCCUGAUCACGAAUGUCUGCAUGUAGCAGUCUGGGAUCAUUCGAAAGCCUUAUCUCUUCGCGCUGAUUUGCUGAGCAGAGCCUCAUCUUGGAUGAUUCCGGUAAGACGAUGGCUCUCCUCCCAAGCAGGAUCACUGCAGCGGGCGGCUGGGACCAUUGGCUUUCUACACAUCGGUAGAGGCGAUGCCAGCUCUUAGCGAACAAACGACCAGGGGGCCGAAGAGCCGCAAGAGCUGUUCCCGAGGUCUGAUGGAGCUUAAAUGCCCACCGUUGGCGGGCCAAGAUCCGUGUUUUCCUGGCAUCUUGAUUUCUCAAUAAUACUAUCCAACCUACAGCAGUCCACGAGUCUAUCGACAAGUAGAUUCACGAUUGAAGACACCCACCAGGAUAUGUCCGCAAACAGCGACCGGGCGAUAGGAUGCGACGACAAUUAUGCGACGGAAAUUGUGUCUGAAGACAGUUUUCAGUCAGAAUCCGAAGCCGACUCCGAAGCCGAGCCAAAUCCUCUUCAGGCGCUAUGGAAGAGCCUUCGGACCUCCAUGAGCACCAGCAUGUUCGAAAGAACAGAGACCAAAAUGUUUCUCCCCCGAGACGCCUUCGAACAGAUAUUGUCACGUACCGCCGAAGGUCUGAGUGGCAGACGUAAGCUUGUGCUUGAGGUAAUGGGUAUAGAAUCGAGCAGGCCUAGCGAAGACGACAGAGCACUCGCAAACUACAUUCUGGACAGUGCGCAGAAGGUCUUUCUCAUCGCAGUCUAUAUACAAUUGGAGCAACUCCACGCGGCGAUGAAACUUUUCCAAGUUUCCCGGUAUAAAGAUGAGAAAUUGCCGGUUGAAGAAUGUACAGCACAACAGCUGCAAGAUACACCAAAAUGCCAUCAAUUCGUGCGAAUGGAGACUGUUCAAAGGAACCGUAAGAGAAAAGAAGGAGAAAAGAAUCCAGUACGGAUAUGGGAUAUCCAUACCAUCAGCAAAUUUCAGGAUAGCCAGUGGAUUUUUCUAACACCAAUCAUCUCAGCUCACGAUCAGAAUUGCAAUUUUGAUAAUCGCUGCCCAAUUCCAUUUACUACGAAGAACACACAACAAAGCAGCGGCGCACAUGGUAUUGUAUACAAGUAUACUAUUCACCCUGCCCACUUCAAGAAUUCACUUCAUCAGUACGAGACUGAGCCUUCCGUGGUCGCAGUCAAGGCUUUUAGGAAAGGCGGCAAGAACGUGGCUGUCGAUGUGAAAAGAGAAGUGGACGCGUUGGCCAAGAUGAACCAACUCAGAGAAAAACACAUUGUCCGGUUCAUCACAUCCUUUCAGCGUGGUACAAGAGAUGAUUUGGAAUACUAUGUUUUGUUUGAGUGGGCGGACGGCGGAAAUCUCGGUGACUUUUGGCAUCAACCGCACAAACCGAAGCGGACGGCCUCUUUGGUAAAGUGGGUGGUGGAGCAACUUUGUGGGCUUACGAGAGCGCUGAGAGCAGCCCAUUACAUGCCAGACGGGGCAUCUUACCGCCACGGUGAUUUGAAACCCGGCAACAUCCUCUGGUUCCCUAACAGCGAUGGAUACGGCACGCUCAAGAUCGGUGACUGGGGCGAGGCAAAAAUUCACAAUCAAGUUACUGCCUUGCGCCAUGGUCGCGUGGAUACAACCGCCAAGUAUGGCACAAGAAGAUAUGAACCACCAGAAACGGGCCUGCAGUCGCUUCUACCCAAGGGAGCUCCGCAUGUACGGUCCCGCUUAUACGACGUCUGGGGUAUGGGCUGUAUCAUCCUCGAGUUCAUCAUCUGGCUGUUGUACGACCAUGAAGAGCUCUGUAGAUUCAACAACAGUAACCAAGGAUAUUUCGGUCCUUCUGACAUGUUCUACGAGAUCAGUCACGAACGAGUUGUACGAAUCCAUCGCGUUGUGGAACACUGGAUGGAGCAUAUGGCAAAGGACGGAUUAUGUCGUUCAGGUGAAACGGCUGUCGGGAAUCUCCUCCAAAUUGUUCGUACAGGUCUUUUGGUCGUUGAGCUCCCCGAAGAUGGUGGUCUUGCCCCUCCAGUUGAGACCGGGAUGACUUCCAAUACGCAUGAUGACAGUCCAUUGAUCAGCGUCACUACGCCAGAUUCCACAAACCCUGAAGUCGUCCAUGGGUCGGCAUCAAAACAGCGGACUAGAUUGCGCGCCAAUGAGCUUGAGACUGAAUUGCUCCAAAUAGCUCAAGGCAAAGAAAGUGAACACUACUGGCAUCAAAAUCAGGAGCCAAAACCAGCGCCUGUGGACAUCAUAGGCUCAUCUCAUUUACCGGUACCUACUGGCCAUAGAGCGCACUCUCCUGGUCUUCGCAUUCCUACAAAUGACAUGGUCGACUAUGCGCACCCAUCUUUGGAUCCAGAGGAAUGGGAGUUCGAAGUCGAUAACGACUUUGCUGCGACCAUAUCGUCUCGGUUGAGAAGUACCAUGGGAAUUUCUCCGCAUCAAGCCCCGCCGUCAGCGAAGCUGUGCACUAUCUGUAGAAGCUUUCAGGAUCGGCUACUAGAGGCAGAAUUUGCAAUUUCCUACGCUACACAAACGCUCCAAACACACUCGAAGGCCAAGAGCUGCGAUCUGUGCUACCUGGUAUGGCGAACCUGCCGUGACAAGUUGGAGGGAGGAUGCAAAAGUGUGCACCUGCAAAGGGCUGGCUCUACUGUGCGCCUGAGAGGCACGAAGCAUCCGGUACUUACCGUAUUACGGAGCGAUGAUAUUGGCGGCCGUGCGCAUAAUGUUCAAAUCGGAUUUCCUGAGCUUUCAGGGGCAGGUACGGAUCUGCACCUUCACUUGAUAAGAGAUUGGCUGGACGAUUGCGAUGCAACGCACUUCAAGCCUGUUUGUAAGCCUCCCGAGGACACAAAGCUGACGGGGAAUGCAAGUGUCAGACUGCCGACCCGUCUGAUUUACGUUGGAAGCGAAGGCGGACGUAUCGUCAAACUCCGGGAGAUGCAAGUUGGAGAUACUGGAGACUGGAUCGCGCUUUCUUACCGCUGGGGCGACUCUCCACCUUUCUCUACCACUCGACAAAAUCUCACUCGUCAUAUCAAGGGUAUGGCGCUAACGACUUUACCUCGUACGUUCCAAGAUGCGGUCAAGGUGACUCGCGCUCUUGGGAAGGAGUACCUAUGGAUAGACUCUAUCUGCAUUAUACAAGGCGAAGAUGGCGACUUCAGUUCUGAGUCAAAGCGGAUGGAAGAUGUGUACAGUGGUGCCUACUGCGUGUUAGCCGCCAGCUGCGCCACCGAUCAGAGGUCAGGGUUCUUACUACCUCGAGCAAAACGAGAGCAUGUCGCCCUAAACUGCGAGAAAGGUGGCAGUAGUGCAAAAAUCUACAUCUGCAGUACGAUUGAGGAUUUCCGCAGUCACGUACUACAAGGUGCCCUGCACAAGCGGGGGUGGGUGUUGCAAGAGCAUGCCUUGGCUCGACGCACGGUGUUCUUCACCGAGCAUCAAACGUAUUGGGAAUGUGGUCAUGGCGUUCGAUGCGAAACCAUGGUGAAAAUGAAAAAUGAGUCCGCUGCUUUACUCGGGGAUCCAGAGUUCCCUAAGAUUCUCGACCCGGCAAAAUAUGGUGAACGCAUUCUCAGAUUCCAAGAGCUGUAUCGACAGUAUUCUCGACUGGACCUUUCAGCAGAUCACGACCGGCCGACAGCUAUUGGCGGGUUGCAACAGCGUCUUCUCCGCACGAUGGAUGUGCAUGGCAGAUUCGGCAUCUUGGACGACCCCAACAAGAGCAGCCUCCUUCACCGUAGUCUCCUAUGGCAUCGUGGAGAGGGCAUCAAACGGUUGAAAUCAAUCGCAUUUCCAAGCGAUCGGGAACGCGUGCCUUCUUGGUCCUGGAUGUCAGUGUCGGGUGGAAUUGACUAUUUUUCCUUGACAUGGCGUCAAUAUGACUGGCAAGUAAUACAACCUCCGUGGCCGCCUUCGCCUGUAAGAGCGCCCAACGCUUUCCACGGAAAAGCACAAGUAUUUGAUAUCACGGCUGCAAGGGUGAACGAGGACAGUGUUAUGUUGGACAAUACACUGGAUUCGGAGGUUCUGGAGUCCAUGGCAAUUGUGCUAGGUAUUGAGAAGGGGUCAAAGGCGAUCGAAGACAAGAAGCAUUAUAUACUCGUGGUCAGGCCAAAGGUGAAACCCAGCGCGAAUGGUGCAGUGCUAUACGAACGGGUCGGAGCAGGUUAUAUACCAGGAAGAUGCCUGAAAGGAGAGUCUAGAUCUUGUACGCUAGUAUGAUCCGUAAUCGUGCUUUUCCGCUUGUGAACUUAAAGUAUCUGGGCGGUUAUCACGUCAAUUGCAGCAUACCAGAGCCCAGCACUCUAUCGAUACUGAAGCAGCAAUACAGCUAGAAUCGAACGAUGUAUUAGCAUAGUAUUGUAUCUAGACGACUCUUACUUCUGGCAAGCAUACAAUAAUCUUCACCCGCUUCAAG